AUGACCUUGAUGGUCAACUGUAUCCUCUCCCAGAUCGUGGCCCUCGUUGGCUGCUCCUGUAACCUCAUCACAGUUCUGGUUCUUCGCCGCGACGGUUACAAAGACCCCACCAAUCUGCUGCUUCUUUCUCUGGCCAUAUGGGACCUCUUGUUCGUGGCAACACUAUGGCUACGUAAAAUGGAAUGUCCUGUGACGUACAUCGCAGAAAUGUUGGGCGGGGAAGAUAACUUUAUGUUGGCUAAACGCUACAACGUUUAUAUCAUGGUCUACGGUAUUUUUAACUUCUACAGAACUGCCAUGUUCGUUUCUAUGAUGCACAUAGUUGUGUUGACCUUUCAACGUUUUCUCGUCGUCUGCUUUCCCCUGAAAGUCUCCCUGUGGGUAACCGUUAAAUCCACAAUGGUUGUACUUGUGAGCUUGUACGCCAUAUCGUUGGCGAUGUUUUCUCCUUUCUACGCAGGACUGGCGGUGGGCGCUGCCUUCGACCAAAGAUACAAUCGAACAUUUCCGACUUUUAUUGCAUCCAAGUUUUUCCUGGAAAAUUUUCAAACCAUGUCGACUUAUAAUGGCGGUUUUGUUGGGGUUGUUCGAGGUCCUGUGUCGUAUUUCCUGGUCAUUUUCUUUUCCAGCGUCACCGGAUACAAACUCUCAAAAGCCGACAAAAAACGCUUGGCAAUGACGUCAUCAAACAAUGGGUACAGCAACAAGGUGACCCGGAUGUUAUUAGUCGUCUGUGCAGUGUACAUCGGCUGCAGUUUACCAUCCUUCAUGAUUUUCAUCGCCCCGUUGUUCAUUCCUUGGUUCAGUAUGGGCAACCCCCAGUUUAAUCUUUUUCUGGAUUUGCAAGAACUUUUCCAAGCGAUCAACUCGAGCGCCAACUUCUUCAUAUACAUCCUGAUGUCGAAAAAGUUUUACGAUAAUUGCAUAGAUCUGUUGUUGUGUGGUCGCCGGAGCUCAAAGAAAACAGCUCGUUUAUAG